UYCAUUCAUCUCUGAAAAUCAAAAAUUUAUCGUUUMUUUCCGAUGGAUUCUCUUCUCAGAAGUCAGACUAAGGCAUGAAAGACAUAUCCCAACGUACUAAGAAAGUAGAUUUCAGUUUUCUGAUGUUAUUGUUUUAGGGGUAUUAGGGUGUUGAACACGUCAUAGUUUAGAAACCACAAGACGUUCGUCCUCAUCGAUGCCACCUAUAGUUGACAACACUGAAUCUUUCUUUAUCAUGGSUCCAUCUAUUAUCAACGCUAUAUCAUGGUUGUCGUCGUCUGCUAUGGUGUUUGGUGGUGUUGUUCCUUACAUACCUCAAUACUGGGAUAUAUGGAAAUCCAAAAAUGCUGAAGGUUUUUCUAUCUAUGUUUGUCUGGCAUURCUUGUUGCUAACGUACUUCGUAUCUUCUUUUGGUUUGGUCGUCAUUUUGAAUCACCUUUACUCCUACAAAGUAUCAUAAUGAUAUUUGCAAUGCUUGCAAUGUUACAACUUUGUAUUAAAAUCAAGCGUGAAACYGAUAUAAGCAGUAAAAGAAGGUCAUUUUUUGAUUUUAAGAUGAAACAUUUUUGGAACUGGACUCACUUCUCAGAUUAUCUUCUCUGUCUGAUGGUAUUUUUAGCAGUUGGUGGCUACUUAACAUAUCUUGGUUUAACAUCUUUCUUGUUUGUUGAAACUGUUGGGUUUUUAGCAGUUUUUACAGAAGCAAUGCUUGGUGCUCCUCAGUUUUAUAGAAAUCAUCAGAAAAAGUCAACACUUGGAAUGAGUGUUAAGAUGGUGGUCAUGUGGUUAUCAGGAGAUACAUUUAAGACUUGUUACUUUAUAGUUAAGAGUGCUCCAGUACAGUUCUGGAUUUGUGGGAUGUUGCAAAUAUUYAUAGACAUAUCAAUACUAGUACAAGUGUAUACGUAUGGCUAUGAAGCAGCUAGCAUGCACAUCAAGUAAUAAAUACGGUAUUCAUAUCAGUAUGGACAGUACUCAGUAUUUACUGUUUUUGCAUUGCUACUUGACUAGGUGAACCCACAACUUAGGAUACACCUGCCUGCAAUCAAAAUUUAAACAAACCAGCAGUUGGCGCCAAAGCAUGUUGAUUUGACAGAAUGUCUAGUUGCAGUAAUUGCAGUUGUUUUGACUUGACGCAUGGUUCUGAGCAAAUGCAAAAGAUAGUGAUAUGAAGGGAUUGACAUUGUGGCUCCAGGUGUUCCAUUUUAUUGUUUGUACAGAGAGGUGACUCAAGUCACCAUUUUUAACAGUAACAAUAAAAAAUAAUAUAUAAAAGAUWACAUAACAUAUACAUUAGUAUUAAAUUAAUGAAUUUUGGUAAA